AGCAAUAAUUAUUAUUGACAAUUAUUAGCGAUCAAUAAGCUAAAUACAUUAUGGCGAGCACUAUUAAGGAAGCAUUAUCAGUCGUAAGUGAAGAUCAGUCUUUGUUUGAGUGUGCCUACGGGACUUCCCAUCUUGCUAAGUCAGAGAUGACUGCUUCUUCUUCCAGUGAAUAUGGGCAAACAUCAAAGAUGAGUCCACGUAUCCCCCAACAGGACUGGUUAUCCCAGCCUCCAGCCAGAGUCACCAUAAAAAUGGAAUGCACCUCAAAUCAAGUUAACGGCUCAAGGAGUUCCCCUGACAACUGCAGUGUGACAAAAAGUGGAAAGAUGACUAACACUGAAAAUGUUGGCAUGAACUAUGGAAACUAUAUGGAAGAAAAGCACAUCCCUCCACCAAAUAUGACCACCAAUGAACGAAGAGUUAUUGUUCCAGCAGAUCCUACAUUAUGGAGCACAGACCAUGUACGCCAGUGGCUAGAAUGGGCUGUGAAGGAAUAUGGCCUCCCAGAUGUGGACAUCAUGCUAUUUCAAGAUAUUGAUGGAAAGGAGUUGUGUAAGAUGACCAAAGAUGACUUCCAGAGGCUCACACCAAGCUACAAUGCAGACAUUCUUCUUUCACACUUACACUACCUCAGAGAAACUCCUCUUCCACAUUUGACUUCAGAUGAUGUUGAUAAGGCUUUACAAAACUCUCCACGGUUAAUGCAUGCUAGAAAUACAGGAGGUGCAGCAUUUAUUUUUCCAAAUACUUCAGUUUAUCCUGAAGCAACACAAAGAAUGACCACCAGGCCAGAUAUACCUUAUGAACCAGCCAGAAGAUCAGCAUGGACAAGUCAUGGUCAUCCUGCUCCUCAAUCAAAAGCUGCCCAAGCAUCAUCUUCAGUUGUGACCAAAACAGAAGACCAGCGUCCUCAGUUGGAUCCUUAUCAAAUUCUUGGUCCAACAAGCAGUCGUCUUGCAAAUCCAGGGAGUGGGCAGAUACAGCUGUGGCAGUUUUUGUUGGAGCUUCUGUCAGAUAGCUCCAAUUCUAAUUGCAUCACCUGGGAAGGUACCAAUGGAGAGUUCAAGAUGACUGACCCUGAUGAAGUUGCACGGCGCUGGGGGGAAAGGAAGAGCAAACCCAAUAUGAACUAUGACAAGCUCAGUCGUGCUCUUCGUUAUUAUUAUGACAAAAAUAUAAUGACUAAAGUCCAUGGUAAACGUUAUGCCUACAAAUUUGACUUCCAUGGAAUUGCUCAAGCCCUUCAGCCACAUCCUCCAGAAUCAUCCAUCUAUAAAUACCCAUCAGACCUGCCCUACAUGAGUUCCUAUCAUGCACACCCCCAGAAAAUGAACUUUGUUGCUCCUCAUGCUCCUGCUUUGCCUGUUACUUCCUCCAACUUUUUUGCUGGACCCAGUCCAUACUGGAAUUCACCAACUGGAAGCAUCUAUCCCAACACUAGGCUCCCAACCACUCAUAUGCCUUCUCAUCUUGGCACUUACUACUAAAGAGGGAAGAAUAUUUUAAAGGAUAUGUUUUCCAGGAAUACAAGAAGUUACAACCAGCAAAUCUGAACAAAAUGUGCCUAAAAGACUGAUAAUACUGAUCAGGAUAUAAAACAAACUUUUUAUAUAGAGAGAUUAAAAAGUGUAAAGAUGCUACUAAAUAUGUUGACAUCAAAUCUAAACAUGAAAUAAGGAAAUACACAUCUAGUUAAAAGUUUGUAAUAAUAACUAGAACAUGGGGCCAGAAGAAAUUUAUGAUUGUUAUGUCUUUUUUCAUAUCACAGUAAAGUAAUACAAGGAUAUUCUAUUAUGAACUUGGAUACAAUACAUGAAUAUAUAAAUGCAUAAAAAAAACUAACUGUAUUUUUUUUACAAAAAAACAAAUAUGUAAAAAGUGGGAUAAAUCUAUCUCUAGAGCAGACCAUGUUGUGGUUGGGAUAAAAUGCCUGUAUUUCACCAAGAGGGAGAGAUCAGAUAUUUCAAAACUGUGAAUACAAUGCAAGUUAAAGUUUCUUGAUGAUGUUACAGAGCUCUGAGCCAAACAUUGGGUUUGAGGAUGUGCUAAGGGCAAGUGUAUGAUUGUAGACUAAGGGUUCAAAUAUCAGGAAGUUCUCCUGUGCAGACCCUGUUGCAAUAAAUAGGAGUUCACAAGAGCAUGAUUAAAACCCUGUGUCUGAUAAAUGUAGAGGAAAGGAGUAGAAGAACAUGGGGUGAUAAAGAUGAAGGAAAAUGUAUUUCUUUUAAAGAGGGGGAAACUGACAGUUUUUGAAGAAUUAUUUGCUUGGACAUGACAAAUACCAUAGUAUGUAUUAAGCCAUUUUCAGUAUUAUCAAAGAAAAAAACAAAGCCUUUAUUUUUAAGUCAAAAGAGGGAGAAAUAGUGGUAAUUGAAUUAUGCAUCUCUCUAUAAAGAUAUUAAACUGGAAUUGUGUGCUAUUUAAAAUGACACUUCAAACCUCAUUCUUCUUAAGGGAAGUUGUUGUCUACUAGUUGAAAAGGACAAAAUCCAAUUGCCAAUAGACAUACUUGUUAGGCAGCGCCAGUUUUUCUUUCCGAGUCGCGAACGCUGUGCGUUUGUCAGAAUGAAUUAUACAAGUCAGUGUUAUUUUUUCUUUUGAUAUAAUAAUUUUAUAACUUAUGCAUUUAUACACUACGAGUUGAUCUCGGCCAACCAAAGACAUAAAAAAUGACAAUCAGAAAUACUGUGGCCUUGAAUUUUAACUCUGUAUGCUUCAUGUUUACAUUAUGAAUUUAACUAGUUCUUAGAAAGCAGAAUGUAUGUAAUAAAAUAAGCUUGGCCUAGCAUGGCAAUUCAGAU